CGGAAAUUCACGUGAGAGCAAAACGGAGCAAGCAAAGCAUGGGGCAUGUAACUAUCCCAUGUUGUUGUGAUUCCAUUGUUAUCUAGAUUUUUCUGAUCUGAACAACGUAAAUGUACAUUUCGUUUAAAUAGUUUUCAUUUAUUCAUGAUGGCUGCCGAUCUGAUCGUACCCGGGCAGUUUGAUGACGCUGAUGGACCGGAAAGUGACUUAGAAGCCGGCCAGCGACUUCAAGAUACAUCCCAGGCUGUGGUCGACGUCAGUGUUGCAAGCCAGGACGCUCCUGUAGCUGACACAUUCGAGGAAGAGGAUUAUGAAGAUGAGGACGAAGAGGACGAGGAUGAAUGGGACCUGGAUGACUCCGGAGGGAGAGAUUUCACUAAACGCUACACCGCCUUGAGGACAGGACACAAUCACCAGGCUAACCGGCAGAAUCCAAGCAGCAAAUCGAUGAAGAUGUCCACUCCCUCAGACAAAGUUCUAAGAAAAUUCGAACAUAAGAUUAACCUAGGCUGCCAUGUAAGGCGUCAACCUGCUCAUCUGGAGCACUGGGAUAAGUUGAACUACGCCGACUCUGUCAUUAACAAAGUGAAGGUGAUGGAGAGACAGAGAGAUGCAGACACGUUUCGGGUCAAGGACAAAUCCGACCGUGCCACAGUGGAACAGGUGUUGGAUCCAAGAACACGCAUGAUUCUUUUCAAGAUGCUUAGUAGGGGUGUGAUUUCAGAGAUCAACGGUUGUAUCAGCACAGGAAAAGAGGCAAACGUUUACCAUGCAAACACUGCUAAUGGAGAAAACCGCGCCAUCAAAAUCUACAAGACGUCCAUUUUACUCUUCAAAGACAGAGACAAAUAUGUCAGUGGAGAGUUCCGAUUCAGGCACGGCUAUUGUAAAGGUAACCCAAGGAAGAUGGUGCGCACAUGGGCAGAAAAAGAGAUGAGGAAUCUCAUUAGGCUUCAGGCAGCAGAGAUACCCAGUCCUGAGCCCAUCAUGCUACGCAGCCACGUCCUCGUCAUGGGCUUCAUCGGCAAAGAUGACAUGCCGGCUCCACUGCUGAAGAACGCUGCGCUGUCGGAGUCCAAGGCAAGGGAGCUGUACCUGCAGGUGAUCCAGAACAUGCGGAGGAUGUAUCAGGAGGCCCGGCUUGUCCACGCCGAUCUCAGCGAGUUCAAUAUGUUGUAUCACAAUGGAGAUGCUUACAUUAUAGAUGUAUCACAGUCUGUGGAACAUGACCACCCUCAUGCCUUGGAGUUUUUGCGGAAAGACUGCAGUAAUGUUAAUGACUUCUUUCUGAAGCAUGACGUGGCAGUGAUGACCGUUCGUGAGCUGUUUGAGUUCGUCACAGACCCCUCCAUCAACAGUGACAACAUCAAUCAGUACUUGGAAAAGGCUAUGGAGAUAUCGUCUGAAAGGACUGCAGAGGAGAGGUCCAAUCAGGACAAAGUGGACGAUGAGGUGUUCAAGAACGCCUACAUUCCACGCACUCUUACAGAAGUCAGCCAUUACGAACGAGACGUGGACUCCAUGUUGAGGGUUAAGGAAGAAGAAUCCUCUCUAGGCACACAAAACGACAACGUCCUGUACCAGACCGUCACAGGCCUGAGGAAAGACCUGUCUGGAGUUCAAACGGUGCCUGCUUUGCUGGAGGGCUGUUCAGAAGAGAGAAACUCUAGUUCAUCCGAAGAAGAGGAGGGUUCAGACAGCUCAGAUGAAGAGGAUGCGCCCACACAACAUGACCAGAGUCAAGAAUCAGCAGUGGACAAAAAGGAAAGAAAGAAAUUGGCUAAAGAGGCCCAAAGGGAGAAACGAAAGAAUAAAGUUCCAAAGCAUGUAAAGAAGCGUAAAGAGAAAGUGGCCAAAAUGAAGAAGGGCAGAUGAAAAGAUAAGACAUUGAGUUCUGCCAAACUUCACACAACUUUUCACUUUCGUGGUUAUUGACACCACAUGAGAAAGGAAAGUACUUGCUAAAUAAACUCUUACAGAUUUUUAGGAGGUUACUCCAUUGUGCAUUCUCAAAAAGAAUUCUCAGAGUGAAGAAUUGUUUUAAAAUAUACAUCAAGAUAAGAAAACCAUGUAAUUCAGUCAAUUCAAUGGAACCACUUUAAUAUGCAGAUGUUAUAACAAAUAUCAUUCCUUAUUUUGGUACAUUAUAUUAAUUUUAACAUGAAUACUGCACCACGGACAUUGCUUUCUUCAGAAAAGAAAAAGCAACACACUAAUACAAAAAUGAAGAAAAUACAGGUUUCACAAUCAAGAUAAAGGGUCUGUUACAUGCCUUCUGCCAAUUUAAUAUCAUUUAAUAAAACCUAUGUCUAUUUCUUUA